AUGUCACUUAAUUGGGAUAAGCAACAUAACCAUAACAAUCAUUCUGUCUUCGAAAAUCUAAUUAAAUUACAUGAUGCAAUAAAAAAUCAGCUAGACGGACGCCGAAAUAAAGGAAACAAUCGUGAUCAACCCAAACAAGAACGUCGAAAACAUGGUAGUGGUUCUCGUGAUGUGAACGCUGAUCAUCGUAAACGUCGAAGCAGUAGCUCUAGUUCAAGUGAUAGCGAUGAUGAUCGUAGAGGUCGAAGCAGUAGCUCUAGCUCAAGUGAUAGCGAUGAUCAUUCUGGAAAAGAUCAAGGUUGUAAACAUCCUCGUGAUCGCCAUCGCCAUGGAACUGAUUCGAGGGAUCAUCAUCGAUCUGGUAGUGGUUCCAGAGAUCAACAUCAUCACAGGAGUGGUUCCAAAGAUUGUCAUCAUCAUCGAAAUGAUUCAAGAGAUCGUCAUCGCUCUGGUAGUGGCUCCAAGAAUCGGCAUCGUCAUAGUAGUAGUUCUAGUAGUUCUGACGACAGUCAUCAAGACAAAGGACGCGGCAAAGGUCACGGUAAACAUCAUAAAAAGAAGCACUCCCAUCAUCGUCAAAAGAAUCAUCAUUGUUGA